AUACAUACGAUUUUCAAAAAUAUAUAGGAUUUUAACUGUUUCAUCUACGUGCAUUUGUUCUCUUUUUUACCCAUGACUUCUGAAAUCGACAAAGUUAUUGAUACCCCUCUUGAAAGUAUUGAAAACAACUCCUCAUCACUCGUCAAGAAGAUGGACGCGUCAGCAUUACCCCACAAGCAGACAAAAGUUGCAUCGAUUCCCAUUGAUGAAUUAGAAGAUGGUGAAAUGAUCAGCCCUUCUCCUUCACCUCCACGUAACACUGAAGCCGCUCAUCAAGCACACAGUAGCGUUAGAACUGCAAGUGAUUAUAUCAGCAGCAACAGCCGUCGAACCAUCAGCAACAAUCCGAGUGACAGUGAAAGCAACAGUAAUAAGCACAGUAGACGUAGCAGCAGAAGUCCCAGCCGAAUUACUGCACGAAAUGAACGAAGCCGUAGCAGAGAUAGAAACGACAAUGCUAAAGCCCACAAAGAACGUCAACAGCAACAUCAGCGCCAGAGCAGCACUAACAGUAAAGAUGGAAAUACCAGCCGCACCUCUGCCAGAGAAGUUGAACGCAGAGACCUUGAUCGAUAUACCCGUGACAGAGACAGUAGAGAUAGUCGAUUCAGAAAAGAACAACGAAGCAGCAAGGACAGUGCAAGAGAUCGUAACGACCGUUCGAAUGAGAAGAUUGGCCGCAAAGAGAAGGAAAGAGAUGCUUCAGCCACUCGUACUACCAACGAUAGAGACAGAGAUCGAGACAGAGAACGUGAUCGUGACAAAGAUAAGUAUAGAGAUAGACGCAGCCGCAGCAAAGAACGUGAGCGCGAAAGGGAUAAAGAUAGAGAAAGAGUCAGAGAUAAGGAGCGAGAUAUGGGCAGGGAUAGAGAAAGAGAUCGUGCUAGAGAUCGAGAUCGAGAAAGGAAUCGCGACAAAGGAAGAGACCGCGACAGAGAUAAAGAUAAAGAACUAGACAUGGACAGAAGCCGACGCUAUGACAAGACCCGUUCUCAAUCAAGAUCACCCUCAGUCUCAGCUACUCGAAAGACCAUCAAGACCUCUGGCACUCCAAGCAGAUCAUCCAGAUCACCUUCAAUUUCAGCUUCACGAAAGACUACCAAGACAUCUAGCGCCUCAAGCAGAUCAUCCAGAUCCCGAUCACCUUCCAUUUCAGCUUCACGAAAGACCUUCAAGACAUCUAACGCCCCUAACAGAUCAUCCAGAUCUAGAUCCAGAUCCAGAUCACCUUCACGAAAGACCAACAAGUUAUCUAAUGCUCCUAGUAGACCAUCCAGAUCCAAAUCACCUCUAUCUGCAGCUUCACGAAAGACAAUCAAGACAUCGAAUGCCCCAAGCAGAUCCUCCAGCCCUGUAAGAAAAAGCCCGCCAUCGUCUAGUGUCAUUGGUGUUAAACGACAACGACGUGAUAGUACCCCCGACAGCAAGAGUCGCCGACCACGCACAAGCAAUAGAGAACCCGACCAUCACAAGAAUGCCACGAGUACCAGCCGCAGCCGCACAUCAAGCCCUACCAAUUCUCCGAAGAAGCAAGAAAAUAUUACUAAGCCGACGCCACCUCAAAACCAUACGACCUCUACCACUGCAGAUAAAGCCUCUUCAACUGCUUCAUCAGUAAAGACAUCCUUACAAAGACAGCCUGCAAUCCAUACGACCUCUACCACUGCAUCCUCACAGAAACAGCCUGCAACCUAUAUUACCCCUCCCGCUGCAGCUAAGACCUCCUCAACUCUUCGUGCAGUAGGAAUACAUAAGAAUAUUUCAUCACCUGAACAAAUUCGUUUAUUCAUCGAAGGAUUUAAUAAACUAGCCCUUACUUCUAAACGCAGAGGUGAUACCCAGAAAGACGGUUUAAUCGCAUCUAUCGACCACAUGUACGCAGUUUGCAAUUAUAUCAUCUACUUUUACUAUCUCGAUCAAGACCCUGCUCAGAACCUCAGAGAACGCAUUAAGGCAUGGAGAAGUUUGGUGACAUUUUGCGACGCCAUCGUUUGCCGAAGAGAAGUCCGGGAGGAACCCAAGCUCUACUCCUUAUGUGCGCGCCUGAAGGCUCUCGUUCUCUACCAUAUUUAUGACAAUACUUUUCCCAGGACAGAAUCUCCAUUAAAGUCUAUCCAUCACCAGCAACCCACCGAAGGCAGUAUAGCAGCAAACCAAGAGUCGAUAGAACGAUUGAAAGGAACGGAGAUUGUCCUCACUGAAUACGACAGAGCGAUCAAAUGGCUUCGAAUCUCAGAAAGGCACCUCUCACUUGGAAGAAUCAAGCAGAAUUUCCCCCGCACCUACGCCAACAUCUGUGAAAGAGGUGAUAUUUCAGACGGCCUUAUGUUUGGAGAUGAAGCAGGAACAUUAUCGCCUCCUACAGAUUUAGGUAAAAUGUACCCUCUCAUACCCCACCAACCGUUGCAUUUGGCUGCCAUCAUGGCCAAAUGUCUCAUGCAAGAAUAUACCAUAGAUAAGAACUUACCAUACGAACCUAUAACGAGAGAACAAUCUAAAUCUACCAUAAUUAGUUCCCUCCAUUAAAUCAUAGCUAUAUUGCUUAUGUAUUUGUUAUAAAAAUAAACGAAAAAAACCCAUAGAAAUUACCUUGGGUUUUUGUAAUAAACUUUGAUCUAUACUGAAUACA